AUGAACCAUGAUAUUUAUAAUGACUCACACCAUCCUUUACUGGUAGGAUAUUACGACCCAUUUAAUGCAUUUCCUAUUAUUGAAAAGGAAUUACUUGGUAGGUUUCCCCUAACAAAUUUGCAUUGGAAGUACGACUUAUCUAAACCUUUGAAAUCCAUCCCACUAUUACCUAUAAAAUUGGUAGAGGAAGUGCCACGAAAGACUAUCUCUGCUUCAAAGCUGGGAAGCGGAGAUUGUAUAUACCUUCGAUUGAUGCUAGUCAAAUGUGACAGCAUUGACAUAUAUAGGUCACAAGUUAGGCCAUUAAUUAAAGAAUGGUUGAAUAAUAUGGUAACUUCUACCGAUUCGGAAUGGAUGAUAAUGCUUGUGGUUCCUUCCAAUGCCAAGGAUAAGCAUUCCACAAUAAUAAAGCUUUCAAUACUUGAUAAGUUAAAAAUAGAUUUCGGAAUAGAUGGGAAAGAGCUUACAUCUUCUAGCUUUGCUAGAAAUGGAAACCGAAUAUUUAAAGUGAAAGAAAAAUUUGAAGAUGAAUCAAUCAAACUUGAGGUAUAUACUAGCAUUGUUAACCAGAUUAAGGAACUUGUGCUUUCUAAGUUCACUAUAAAGUUUACGGAAUUGCAGAAAAAAAUUCAUAAUCAAUCCAAGAACAUUUUUGAUAAUGUGCUAACCGAGCUAAACUUAGCUGAAUUAUUUAAUGACAUGAGAUUAUACGAAGAUUCUUUAAGAUAUUAUAAAUUAUUGGGCAAUUCUAUUGACAAAAUCAUUACAAGUGAUCCCAAGUUAUUUGAGUUCGGAGCAGUCGAAUCCAUUAUCCCUUCGAAUUUGGACAACUACGUAUUUGAACACUCAAUCAAAAUUCAAAACGUUAGGAACAAUUUGAUCAAAAAGGACGCACUGUCUAUUAGUCUUCUUGAAUUAAAAUGCUUUCUAUUCGUGAAACAAGCAAGCUUACUCCAAUCCCUAGCUUCACAUUCUAGUACUCUUUCCAUUUCGGCAUCAUACAUUGCCUCAUUUUAUCAAAAGUUGUUAAUUUUUUUGAAUGACAUUACAGUAAAAGCAGUGAAAUGUCCAAACGUUUUGCAAGUGAAGUUGUACCAAUGGAGUUUUACCUUGAUUGAUACUUAUUUAAAUUCUACUAUAACGAAGUAUAUAUUUAAGAAAAGCAACGACAAUACUUUAAAUAAUAGCGAUGCCCAAGUUAAUCAAAUUCAUCCCUUGCAUGAAAUAUUAGAGUGUAUGGGGGAAUUGAAACUAUUUCAAAGGACACUAUUAGUCAAUCUAGGGAGGUUGACUAGAAAUUAUGUACUUCAUGGUGCAAAAAUAUUAGAGGAAGUAGAUUUGGCUGAAGAUGACUAUAUUCAAAAGAAAGUUGAAGAAAAAUUUGAACUAUCCUAUUCUCCACUUUUAUCUGCGUUGGAAACAGAAUGCACUUUUCUUGAGUCGUUCCAAAGGAUCACAGAGUCUACCAUUCAAGACUUUGCGGCUGCAAACAGGGAAAAGUCAAUUGAUAUUUUAAGUAUAGAUAUUGCAUUAGUAAAGUACUACCAAAAAAAUUAUUCUGAGGCGCUUCAAAUUUUGGAGGAUUCCUCAGAAUUUUUCAUUAAUAAUGGGUGGAAUUUCAUGGGAGGACUCCUAUUAGAGGCAUACUUAAGUUGCAUUGAAAACUUGCUGCCAAAAAAUUCGUCCAAUGAAGCAAGAGAAUCAAGGAACAGAUUAAUAUGUAUGACUUGCCUUAAUUUAUUAAGUAAUUUAAGGACUGGGGAAAUUCUCGCAUCAACAGGAAUUAACAACUAUAAUUUGAUCAAAUCGACUGAUAGUGUAUCAAAAUUAUUUGAAAAGAUAUUCAAGUACUCUAACUUACUUAAUGAUUCAUUUAUUGAGUAUGAUGUUAAUAAAAUUUUUGAUGUGACAGUUUGUCCACACAUACAAAGCGAACAGAACCAAAUCGACUCCGAUAGCUAUUUUAUUGACAUUCAAGUGUUAAAUAAGUUUGAAGUUGAAAUAGAAACUGAACAGGUUCUUUUGGAAUUAAGGAAUGAUUCAAAUGAAGGAAUAACGUUUUUUACGAACAAGUGUACUUUGCUUCCUAGUCCAAAGCUUACUACUAUUCGAUUAUUUACAACAAACUCCAUUCUCGGAAUCUUUCGAAUAUCAAAAUUUUCUAUUUCAAUGAACAAUAACAUGAAGUUCACAAGACAUUUCUCAAAUCUGGUAAGAGCAAAUACAGAGGACUUUACCACAUCUUUAAAUGAUGACCAGAGUCAAACGGAUGUUGAUUUCAAUGGGGAUAAUUCAGUUGUUUACAGUUUCAAUCGAACAAAUGAAUGGAGUAUUUUGAAAACUUUAAGAAAACAGAAUCGAAAUACGUCACGACUUCCUUUAAGCUCAUCUUUUCAAAUAAUAUCUUUCCCCAGACCUGAAAACUUAUGGUUUGAAUUUAUAAAUCCAAUUAAUCUUGAAUUGGGUAAGACAGAUAUACUCUUAAGAAUCCAUGGGGGUAAUGCUAAUUCAUCAAAUGUGGAUGUAAACAUUUCCUCCUUAACCCCUGGAGUUACAAUUAAAAAUGAUGAAAUUUCAUUAGUUGGUACUGAUGAAAAUAAUAAAUUUAAAUCCAAUUGUAUUCUUAUAAAUCAAAUACCAAUGAAGAGUUUCGUUGACAUUAGAAUCCCAUACGUAUACUUCAGUGAUAGUAACAAGUAUAUAAAAAUGAAAGCAACUGUGUCCUAUCAAAUUGGACUGGAAACAUUUUCUUUUACAGCUGCAAAUGGGGUAGAUACUACCUUGACAAUAUCAGUGUCUGUUCAAGAUAUCUUUAAAAUAGAACACAUUUUCUCCAAAUUUCAAGUUGGAACUUCAAAUCCCAAAUAUCCAAUAAGAGUAAUUUCCAAUAAGCUAUCUUCGCCAACCAAUUCCAAUUAUAAUAUUGAGAAGCCUAUGAAAGAUCCAGGGUCUAUAGUAGCAUUUGGUGAACAACCAGCUUCUUACUUCUAUAAAAUAUAUCCUAAUACGAGUUUUGUACCGAAGUCUGAGAAAGGGGAGACCUUAGAUUUGGUAAUUCAAUAUAGUAAUUUACAGGAUGAAGCACAGCAGAUAUUUGAAGUCUCUACUUUAAGAAAAAUACGAAGUGUCAACCUAGAGUCGUACUGGCUAUUAUUUAAAAGUGUCUUGCUGGAUAUGGUUGCCUUCAACAUUAAUCAGUUUGCUUUAAGUGGAAAAGUCCAGAUAGAAAAUGGAGCAAGUGUCCUAAAUAUCGUCAAUAAUUUGAUAGUCAAUUACAUUCCAGAAGAAGCUGAUAGGUUAAUUUUGCAAAGGAUAUUCGAGCAAUUGCUCAUGAACUCAGAAGUCCUAAACCAAGACCCUGAAAAUAGAGCCCAUGCUGAUAUCAAAUUCAAAUCUUUAUCCAUUCGCGUACCUGUACCACAUUUGAGGAUAUUGCACAUUGUUGAAUUCAAAUUUGAAAAUACUACUCAAUUAAUUGUUGGCGAAGCAUUGAAGGCCAAAUUGGAAAUUCAACCAAGCAAGAGAUGGUCAUUAUCUCACAUGGUUAAGUCGGAAAGUACUACAGAACAAUCCCUCUCCACUGGUAAUGAUAAUAAAGAAGCGUCACCAAAUAAUGGUCUUGUUGCAGGUGGAUAUAAUCCGAGGAUUGAACAGUUCCUUGUGAAUUUUAUACCAGACGAUAACUGGUUGAUAAGCGGCUUCAAGAAAACUUCUUUUGAAAUAGACUAUUCAGCUAAUCAAUUGACAAGGUUGGAAUUCGACUUGGUAUUGAUCCCUCUCAAUGUGGGCAAACUACUACUUCCAAAAUUGGAUGUAAGACUGCUAAGUUCUGAUUCAAAUAUUGAAGAAAUCUCGAUGGAUAUUGUUUUUAAGAAUGGAUUGGAGCCCAUUUUGGUCGUCCCAGAAUUAGAUAGUAUAACAUUUUCCUUUUAA